AUGGCGUUGCGGUUUGAAGCUCUGCACCCAGAGGGAAUCUGUCCUGGAUGGAGCAUCGUGGUCAAGGGUGAGACCAGCUCCAGUUCAAGCAUGUUUGAAAUUAAUUUGCUCUGUGAUCCCGGAGAUCAAAUUGCUCUCCACUUUAACCCUCGCUUCUCCAGCUCCAGAAUCAUCUGCAACUCCUUCCUCAACAGCCACUGGGGGCAGGAAGAGGUGAACAGCACCUUUCCCUUCAAAGCAAAGGAGCCCUUCCAGGUGGAAAUCUACUCUGACCAGGACUAUUUUCAUGUUUUCAUCAAUGAAAACAAAGUCCUGCAGUACAAGCAUCGACAGAAGAAUCUUUCAUCCAUCACCAAGCUGCAGAUUCUCGAUAAUAUUGACAUUUCUUCAGUGGAAAUCACCAAACGAGGUCUGUACUAG